AUGAAUGACAUUGAUUUUAACGAAGAAACUAUAUCAUUUCAAUCGGAUGACAAAGUGACCAUAGGUGAUCCAGACACACGGAGCCAUGAUGGUGAUAGUAACCGCUCUAGUUUUGUUGCGCUUAUGUGUAUUAGCGUAGUGUUUAUAGCGUUGGUGGUGGCCAUAGUGUAUAAAAUUCGGUUCCCGGAAUUCACUGACCCCGAGUCCAACAACUACUGUAACCCCAACUUAUAUCUAACCGCGUUUUGGAUAAUCAAUUACGUGCUAAAAUAA